AUGAUCCAACAAGCUAAAGGAGACUUUGCAACCAACGGAAUACAACCUAGUCUUGCAUUAGAACUUGACUUAAGUACUAUUGAACAUGGUUGGUAUGGUAAUAUGAUGAAUGGUUUAGGUUCUAUCAUUGGAGCAUUUGGCACGAUUCCCGGUUGCUUCUGUUUUCCCAAUCCAUAUAAACCUGUCAGGCAAGGCAGCGUUGGUCUCAUAUCACGAUUUGGAAAAUUUUACAAGUGCGUUGAUCCUGGUCUUGUCAAAAUUAACCCCCUAACAGAAACAAUAAAGAAAGUGGAUGUAAAGAUACAGAUUGCAGAUAUUCCUCGUCAGUACAUCAUGACAAAAGAUAAUGUGACAGUUUUGAUCGACUCAGUUUUAUAUUGGCAUAUAAUUGAUCCAUAUCAAGCUACAUUUGGAGUGAAUAAUGUGAAAAAGGCAUUGAUAGAAAGGACCCAAACAACACUUCGUCACAUCUUGGGCGGUAAAGUACUACAAGAAUGUGUUGAAAAUCGUGAGGCAAUAGCUCAAGAGGUCCAGGAUAUUACUGGAGGCGUGGCUGCUGACUGGGGAGUAAAGAUUGAAUCGAUCCUUAUCAAAGACUUUAGCUUUUCAAAAGAACUUCAAGAAUCGCUUUCUGCAGCUGCUCAAGCUAAACGUACUGGACAGUCUAAAGUCAUUACUGCAAGAGCUGAAGUGGAUGCUGCUAAACUGAUGAGAGAGGCUGCUGAUAUACUUAAUACACCUUCUGCUAUGCAGAUCAGAUAUCUCGACACCUUAAACAACCUUUCCAAAGCACCAAAUACGAAUGUUGUAUUUUUACCUCCUUCUUCAGAAGGUACUGCUUUCGUCAAGGAUGGAGCGGGCCACGUGCAGCCAAUGAAUGCCUUUCAAGCACAGAAUGUUUUGAGCGUAGCUAACCAAAGGCCCCGUAUUUUAUAA